AUGGAAUCCAUAACAAGCUACAUCCCUUCUAUUCUACAAAUGAUAACAGACUCAAUUACUAUUCAGCCAUUGGAGCUUGACAUCAUUACUUCCUAUGAAUUUGCAGAAAUUAGGAUCAGCAGCACAGUAAAAGAAUGUUUAUUAAUUGGUUACGAAAGGGGUUUUCAAAUUUGAGAUAUAUCGAACCCUUCCUCACCUGUGCAAUGAAUAUCAAAACGAAAUUUUGGAAUCUCAAGUAUUCAUUCCAUUGCAUCAGAAUCUGAUGGAUUAAUAGCUCUCACAUCUUUGUAUGAUACUUCAGAAUUCCCGCAGGAUUGUAUUAAAAUUUAUUCAUUGAUGCAAAAACGGAUUUCUCAUACUAUCCAAGCGUCUGAUAAAAUUUUGUCUAUAAUUAGCAACUCAAUAGCAUUAUGCGCUUGCUUGGAUUCGUGCAGCAUUGAUAUUUUCUCUAUAAGUAGCUUUGAGAAGUUAUAUUUGUGGUAAUUGUAUAUGAAAAUUAUUUUUAUUUAAAAUAUAGGAGUUUUCCCUAUAUGCCCCGAUAAGGGCCGCGGGUUCUCCGUGGAAUCCCUCUGCUGGUUGAACAACCCGUAAAUUGGUCAAACCAACGCACUGAGUUGGUUUGACCAACAGAGGGAUUCCACGGAGAACCCACGGCCUUUAUCGGGCCAUAUAGGGAAAAUUCCUAUAGGAACUUUUAGAUAGAAAAUAGAUCCUUAGAUCUAAUUGUAAAAAGUAUAUAUUCAAUAAUUCCUGAAAGAUGUUUUUCUUAUAGCAUGAGAAUGGUAGCUGGAAUUUCUAACCUGUACAUCGCAUAUUCUUUAAAAGACCAAGAAUCAGCUACAGGUUCAUUCACAACAAAAGUUUCAAAAACAGUACAAGGCAUAGCACAAGAUGGCUAUUCUAAACUGAUAUCAUAUAUUGAUUCACCUAAUAGCGAAGCUAAUAAUCUUGACGGUAAAGUUACAAUCAAAAACAUUUUAAAUAGCCAAGUUAUAACAGAAUUCCAAGCAUUUAAUAAGCAAGUCUCUGAGUUAAGGUUCAGCAAGUCAUCACAUAUUUUAGUCGUAUCUCCUAUUGAUGGGCAUAGUUUUCAUGUAUAUAGAAUAAACCCUCCCAAAUCAAUUACAGAAACAGGAAAAUAUCAGCUGAUUUAUAAGCUAAUAAGAGGCCGAACUUUUGCUGAAAUCAGCGAUAUUUCUAUCAGCAAAUGCGAAAAGUGGAUUUCAGUCUCAACUUCAAGAGGGACAACCCAUGUUUAUCAAAUAAACCCCCAAGUAAAAAAUUUAUGCUACGACCACAAUGUAUUUACCAGAAUAAAAUAUGGGUCAUAUUUAGAACCAGCUCUUAAUCCAAAAGUAAAAUUUCUUCACACAAUGAAAGCAGAUGAUCCAACAGCUCCGCCCAAGCUUGAGCUUCUGUCAUUUAGUGAAAGUGGAACGUUAAGCAAAUAUUCAAUUGAAGAGCCUUCUAAAUGCUUGGGCUCUUCAGUGAUUACUAGAAGUGUCAAUUUUAGAGAUGAAGAAUUUAGAAUAAAAAUUGAAGAGGAAAAAAUAUGCCUAAUUACUAAUAAAAAAAUUUAUACUGAUUAGCCGCUGUCCUAUAUUAUAUAUGAAAUAGGAUAACGAUCACCAGUAGGUAUGCUUUUAUUCAGUGGAAUUAGGUAUAGAUCGCUCUGAAAGCUUUAUAGAAAUCAAUACCUGAAAUGAUGAAAACUUUUUGCCACUUAGAAAAGUAAAAAAGAUGACGUUUAUUAAGAGCAAAAAUAGAUAUGAAGAAACACUAAUUAAGAGAAAUUCUGAAUUUUUAUGUUUUGAUGGUAAAGUUGAAGGUGAAAUUAAUGAAAGAGAUACGUAA